GUGCCUGUGCGCACCAGCCAGCCAGGAGCUAACGGUAGCUAGCAAGCUGUCAAGCUGUCAAGUGGAGAGGCUGGGACAGACGUUUCAGCUUCCCACAUUCACACGGAAAAAAAACAAGCCAAAAAAAAAAUAAUAAUAACGCUACUAUAUCCUCGCGAUCGCCUGCUGGGAUAAUGUAAUGCAUCAAGGUCGUACCCAAAGAGAAAGCUCCGCUCUAGCGCCAUUUCUAUGCACUGGCUCUUGUGUGAAGAUUGCUCUUUGCUAGUCGGCAAACCCACCGACGCUUAAGUCCAGCCAAAGCCCCCUUUCGUCGCUUUAGGUCAGUGAGCCUUCCUGGUGUGGACUCCGCCUCGGCGUCUCUUGCUGUCAGCCACAAUUUUGGACAUUCGGUUUCUAGAGGGACACAAUGGGGGCAUUUCUGGACAAACCAAAGAUGGAAAAAUACAAUUCCCAUGGUGAGGGUAACAGCCUGCGCUUUGGGCUAAGCAGUAUGCAAGGCUGGCGGGUAGAGAUGGAAGAUGCACACACGGCAGUAAUUGGCUUGCCUCAUGGCCUCGACCCCUGGUCAUUUUUUGCUGUUUAUGAUGGGCACGCCGGCUCUCAGGUGGCCAAGUACUGCUGCGAGCAUCUGUUGGAGCACAUCACCAGCAACUCAGACUUCCAGAGUGCUCUACAGGAGGAUCCCUCGGUGGAAAGUGUGAAGAAAGGCAUCCGCACAGGUUUCCUCGAGAUCGACGAUCACAUGCGAACCAUCUCGGAGAAGAAGCACAGCGUGGACCGCAGUGGCUCCACUGCGGUGGGCGUGAUGAUAUCACCGAGCCACGUCUACUUUAUUAACUGUGGCGACUCGCGGGGACUCCUGAGCCGAGGGGGUGCCGUGCACUUCUUCACACAGGAUCACAAACCCAGCAACCCUCUGGAGAAGGAAAGGAUCCUGAAUGCCGGUGGCUCAGUCAUGAUACAGCGAGUUAACGGCUCCCUGGCCGUGUCUCGGGCCCUAGGAGAUUUUGACUACAAGUGUGUGCAUGGGAAAGGCCCAACAGAGCAGCUUGUCUCUCCCGAGCCUGAAGUUUAUGCCAUCGAGAGAUGCGAAGGGGAAGAUGAAUUUAUUAUUUUAGCUUGUGAUGGCAUCUGGGAUGUCAUGGCCAAUGAAGAAUUGUGUGACUUUGUCCGGUCAAGGCUUGAAGUCACGGAUGAUCUUGAAAGAGUCAGCAAUGAAAUUGUUGAUACUUGCCUGUACAAGGGUAGUCGGGACAAUAUGAGUGUUGUUUUAAUCUGUUUUCCUGGAGCUCCAAAGGUUUCUCCAGAAGCAGUUAAACGGGAGGCUGAGCUGGAUAAGUAUCUGGAGUCAAGAGUAGAAGAUAUCCUCAAAAAGCAGGGUGAUGAAGGCAUACCAGACUUGGUCCACGUUAUGAGGACGUUAGCGUCAGAGAGCAUCCCCAACCUCCCUCCUGGAGGAGAGCUGGCAAGCAAACGAAGUGUUAUUGAAGCGGUGUACAACAAACUCAACCCCUACCGAAGCGAUGACACAGACUCAGCGUCCACAGAUGACAUGUGGUAACACAGCGUCGUACCACUAACACAGCAUAGCGUUUACAAACCACCAUCCUCUCAAGACCCACAGCAGCUCAGCCCAGCUCAGCAGUCUGUCUUGCCGUCACUCUGAGCUUUUGGUUUCUAAGAAGGGAAUUUCAUGGGAGGAGGAAGAGGAGUUGCAUGCACACAAAAGUGGAGAUAGUGCAGCGCCAGUCCACUCUGGAGUUCAGGACCCCCCACCCAGCGUCGUCUCCCCCUUUGUGUUCACCCAUCCUAAUGCUUCCCUCUAAAGUCAAACAUAACAAGUGAGUCCACACGGCUUUCUUACCUAUUUUUUUGUUCAAUAAUCAACUUAUGUAGUAGGUUUUUUUGUUGUUGCUGUAAUUAAUUUGAUUCACAUUUCCUUGUGUGUGUUUGUAUAUUUCUGUUUUUGUGAAGUGCAAUUGUCCUGUACAAACAGCCUGUAUUUAAUGCAGCUUGAUUAAGUUAAAAAAAAAAAUGAAAGAAAUGAAAAAGAGAACCUUUUUAUGCACUAUCUGCCUUUUCCCGCUCUUCUGGAAUUCUAAACCCUUUCUCCAUAGUGAACAUUACUGCUUGUCCUCCAGGCACAAUGCCUCCACGCUUUUAUUUUUCCUCGCUCCUCAGUUAGUCUAUGCUCCUUUAAGAAACGGGUAAAUUGUAAAGUCGACAGCACAGUAAGCUCUCUAUAUCAAAACCAUUUACACCCUACUUAUCCCCACCCCAUGUGCUUUUAAAAAAAAAAAAAAAAAAAAAAUGUAUUUUAUUUUUGUAUGUGGUUUUCUGUACACGCUCCAAUAAUAACAGCAAAAUGUCAUUUUGAAACAAAAUCCACCUGUCUGACUAGAUACUUGCGUGUAUUGGUGCUUGUGUGUAUGUAUGUGCACGCGUAACUGCUAUUUUUUUUUUUUAAACUUUUUUUUUUUUAAGGGAAUGACAAAGCUAUACUCUGCCCUUUCCAUAUGACAAUAUUCACAGAGUGUGAGUGUGUUACCUGGCCAAGUUUAAUGCAAUCCCAAGGACAAAGUAGGCCUGUUUCGUAGACAUCUACACAAGUCCUAGAGUAGUUUUGAGUUUUCUAAUCGCUUUACGCCAGCCUCGUGUGUGUGUGUGUGUGUGUGUGUGUGUGUGUGUGUGUGUGUCCGUCCGUGUGUGUGUCCGUGUGUCCGUCCGUGUCUGCACGCUAUUAUCGUUUGUGUGGCCCAACCUUUGACAUGCCACUUAUUUUAUUGUGGACAUUUCUCUUUGUGUGGACAAUUUGGCAUGUCUACAUAAAGCUGAAGCUAAUAAGAGUUAAGAUCACGUGUGUCCACUCCCUCUGACAACACUUUUGGUGUACGGGGUAGGUUAAUUUUAAAGAUGUGGUAAUAGGACUGGUGUGAACACUUGAGCACUGACUAUUUUAUGGAUCAAUUGUUGGCUCAAAUACUUAAAAAGCUGUCUUUUUUUGCAUUUUUUUGUUUGUUUUUGUUUGGGGCGGCGGCAUUCAUACCAAGAACAAAUCUGUUGAUUGUAAAGAGUUGUCAUAGUCUUGUACAGCACUAUUUUUUAUUUUUAUUUUUUUGUUUCUUGGGGUUUUGCUGUGCCUCCGAGCCGACGCAAGCCAGGAAGGCCACACAGUCCAGUUUGCUGCUAGCAUCAAUGAUUUGUGUGUGUUCACCUCAUGUAUCCCCCACCCCACCUUCCCCCCCUCUUCUUCGUCAUUGACGAUAUCCUGGCACGUUCACAGACAUUUUGGGAUGCAGGUGCUCAAGCCCCAAAAAGAUUAUUCAUAAAAUUAAGAAAAGACAGUAGUAUAUGGAUUUAGUAAUACAAGUUUUAACAAAAAAGGUGAUGGGAAGCUACAGUGGACAAGUUUACACACCCCUGUUCAAAUGGCAGUUUUGUGAUCUACAAAAAUUAGACCAAGAUAAAUAAUUUUAAAACUCCCCCCACCCCCCAAAAUAUUUAACUUAUAACCUGUACAACUCAAUUGAAAAAAAAAAAAUACACAAUUUGAGAGAGGGGAAGUAAAAAAAAAAAUAAAAAAACGGAGUUAACAUGGUUGCACAAGUGCACAUGCCCUCUUAUAAAUGGAGAUGUGGCUGCGUUCAGAAUUAAGCAAUCACAUUCAAACUCAUGUUAAAUGGGAGUCACCACAAAACUGCCACCAGGGCAAAAGGGCAGGUGAUUGAGCACCACCACUUGGGGUCUCUGUGUGCACGUGCCUGACGAUAUCUGUAUCCACUCACAAGGCAGAUACAUUUCUUUAAGCGGAAAGGUUUUUCUUUCUCAAUUUUCAGCUAUUUUACUGUCUAAAAUUAAAUUGUGGAAAUUAAUGUAUGUAUAUAUUUUUGACAUUAACAUUCAAGGAAUAAAUAUGUUGUUUGAGUUAGAUUUUCUUUUCAUUUUCACCAUGGACAAAAUGGGCUUCCGCUUUGUCUUGGGGCCCUUUUAGGUUUUUUUUUGUGGUAAAAAUAAUAUUUAAACCUCUUUCAUACAUUGAUCUACAGUUUUCAGACACUUCAGUAUAAUAGUAAUAAGAAACUAAACAUGUAUUUAUUUCUAAAUGACAAUCCUAACUCUAUCCCACUUGUUUUGGGUUGCAAAUUCUUAGACUCAAUUCCUUCCUGAGCCACUUUCUAACCUGCCAUGGUAACAAAAUGGCCAAAAAUCCAUGUUAGAUGAUGGAAACCUCACCUUAAUCUUUAACCACUGGUGGUGCUGUAGAGUCUAUUUUGAAGCAGCUACUUAGCUAAGCAUCAUGUGCAUAGAUGUCAACUAACACACAGGGUACAAUUUAAAGGUGCCACAACAACAAAAGACUUAUGCGGCAAGCUACUGUGGUUGUGAAAUAGUGUGAUGAACUCUGGCUGGAAUUGAACGCGUGUAAUUGGCCUUAAAGACAUUAUUAUUACUAUUUCAGAGAAGAUGGCAAUUGUUGCAUGUAAGCAACAUGGUUUAAAGGUUGUGAAUAAUACUGGUAAAAUGGUGGCUCAGUAAAGUAUAAAUGUCCUAGUACUGUGUGCGCGAGUGUGUGUGUGUGUGUGUGUGUGUGUGUGUGUGUGUGUGUGUGUGUGCGCGCGCGCUUGUGGUUAAACACGCUUUUUGAAGAAAAAAAAAAAGAGAAAAAUAAAAGACUUAUAAUCAUGACUUUGGGUGUUUGAAUACAGUAUUUAUAUAUUUUAAAUAUGAUUAAAAUCCCUUUAUUCUGUAACUUCUAAUGGAUAUUUAAUUGAGAGAAAAAGUUCACAAAGCAUUCAUGAGUUGUUACUGUCACUUUUUUAUUUUUUUACACAUUAAAAAAAAGAUUUCACUCGACCGUGCUGUUCUGCUCUUACCACUGAGAAGCCUUCAGGUGUGCUGAUUGUAAUAAAUGAAAAAAAAGUGACUGUAUUCAGUAUCGCUUGUGUUGGAAUUAGAUUUUAAAGCGGCUCGGCCAUGAUCCUUUUAUUAUUAUUUUUUCUCUCCAAAUGGUGUUUCAUUUUUUUACUUUUGUCAAUAUUCCAUGACAUGGCUUUCACUCCCAAAGCCCCAUCAAAGUCUAACAAAAAACAAAACUAAUUCCCUUUUCAUUUACCAUGGAACUAAAAUACCUCAUUUACAUCCAUUCGUUUUAGUUGUUCUCAACUUGCACAAAGCUGUUGAUGUAUUUGUUUUUUCUCUAAAUGCUAAUCUUAAAAAAAGGUUAAGUAAUGUGAAAGAAAUGCAGGAGGACAUCUUAAAGAACACUAAUGGCUUUGUGGAAUUGAAGCCCCCCCUUGAAUACUCAUUUGUGUGAUUUGUCCAAUUAAUUGUGCAAUGCUUGCAAAUCUUCAAUUGUAUCCAGAGUUCGGAGUUGAACUUACACAAAGCUGUGUUAGGGCCACACUGAAAAGAAAAUACUUAUAUUACUUUUCAUGAAUAUUACAAGAAUAAACAUGCACUAUUGUGUGGAAAAAGACUUGCAUUACGAGUUGUCAUAGGAUGAGAAUAAAAUCGUAAUCGCGGAAUAAAGUUGCAGUAUGACAAGUGUUUACAUUGUGUUAUAAGGACUGUUGUCUUUUCCUCAGAAACUACUGAAACUUGUUUCUGGUAAAUAUUAGUUUAUUCCUAACAUUAGUUGUUAAGUGACAGCAUUAAGACAAGUUGUAAUAUUACAGCUUUUUUCCUGUAAUAUUGUCACUAUUCUCGUAGUAUUACAACUUUGGUUGUAGUUAUAUUGGGACUAUUCUUGUAACAUGACUUAAUUCUAGUAACAUUACGAUUUUUUUCUUGUAAUAUGGUCACUAUUGACAUCAUUACAUUUUUCUCAUAUUACAUAAUUCUUGUAACAUGAGGUUUUCGUGUAGCAUUGUGUUAUUUGAUGUAACAUUGUCACUGUUCUCAUAACAGCUUUUUUUCCUCAUAAUACAAUUCUUGUAAUAUUAAAUUUUUCUCAUGCAUUAGUCUUGUAACUUUUUUGUAAUAUUACGUCUUUUUUCUUGUCAUUUUUCUCGUAACUUUUUUCUAGUAGUAUGACUUGUUGCAGCAGUAUGACUUGUAACUGGAUUUUAUUCUUAUAACCGCAUGCCUUUUAUUCCUAAUAUGUUUUCUCUAUAACAUUACAACUUUUUCUCAUGAUAUUUCAGAAUUCUUGUAACGUUAGCUUUUUUUUUUUUUUUCUCACGUAAUAUUACCGCAAUUCUCAACUUUUUUCCUUGUAAAACUACAUUAUUCAAGUAACAUGGCAGUUUUCCCAUAGCCUUAGUUUUUUUCCUGUAAUUUUGCAAAAUUAACCUUGUAGCCUUACAAUUAACAUUGUGACUUUCCCCCUGUAAUUUUUUUUUUUUUUUUUUUUCAGUGUCCCCCUAAUACUACUUUGUAAAUAAAUGUUAGGUAAAUUAAGUGCGAGUCAAUGAGGUAGUCGUAAGCACUGAUCGUCUGUGUGUAAUCACCUUUUCUUAGAAAAUAUAAUUGCACAGAAAAAAAGUUAAAAGCUAUUGACAGAGUUAGUUCCCUUUGUCAACCUGCGAUGUGUCCUCUUGUUGGAAGGACAGACAGACAUUUGAACAGAAUUUCCUAGCGCCCUUUUGGACAUAUAGAUGUACCUUGUUUGUGGCGUUUACGGUGCGAUCGUUAGCAGUGAGGUUCACUUGCACCUCCACCCCCUCCACAAGCUCCCACCACCCCAGCCUCACUUUCCAGCUCAUAAUAAGCUCACCGAUUUGCCUUACCCUCUGUCAUCAUGUGGCCCCCAUAAAGUUACUUGUUGAACAAAACCCAUUGAGGAAGACAAACAAAACGCUGCUCGUGUUCAUGCUAAGGUACUUAAGCUAUCAAGGGGAAUUUGUUUUGAAAAAAAGACACGGAUGUUAAUCUUUUUUUGGUAACAAUGUUGAAAUCUGUUCUUUUUUUCCCCCUCCUGCAGUGUCAUACGUUAAACGCGUGUGUUAACAUGGUGACCUCGAGAGCAUUGCAAGUGUGCUAUGCUAUAUUUAUGAGUACAUUCAAGAAUAGCUUUGGAGUGAUGUAAAUACGUAUUGUCAUUGUUGAUUCAGAUGCUUCUCGAAAGGCCCCUGUGACUUCUUUUGACUACUGUAUAUUUUCUUUGAUGUUCCUGCUCCGAAGGAAUGAGGAAAAAAAAAAAAGAGAGAGGAAACUGUUGGGGGAGGGAAGUGUACCGUUUGUGUUGUCAGUUGAACAAAUUGCAUUCCUCGCUUGUGGAUUGAUGCAUUUCUCUCCCUGCUCCUUACAUUUUCUCCCCUCCUUCCCCUCCUUUAUUUUCUCUUUUUUUAGCCUUUAAAGUUUGAAUAAAGUUUCUAGUUUGCAGAAUGUAUUACCAAAUAAAUGGGUUGUCAUCUUGUA